AUGUUCAAGAAAUUACAAAACAAAGUUGCCCAACAGGUAACCAAUAGAGAGGCUUUCAAGUUUCAAUUUAACCUUUCGAUUGAUUACUUGAGCGACCUGAAGGAAAAGAAGAAAGAUGAGUGCACGUAUGCUAUUUCUUGGAAAAGAGGAAAGAAGAGAAAGGGUGAAACCGAUUUCCACAAGGCGGAGGGUUCUCGUGUCGUAUGGAACACAUCAUUCAAAUUCAACGGAACUCUCUACUUUAAGAAGGGUAAAUUUCAAAAGAAAGACCUUCAAAUAACUCUAGAGGAAAAGGGAAAGAACAACAAAACGACUACCAUUGCAAAGGAAACAUUGGAUUUGGCUCUUCUUGUCGAUGAAGAUUCCGAACAAACAAACACAAAAGAUGUUGAACUUGUCACUAAGGACAGCAAGGCCAAAUUAAAGUUGGUCAUCAACUCGAAAUGUCUCAAAGAUCAAAAUCCAAAUGAUGACGAUUUUACAGCAGUGAGUACUUAUACAGGACCUGGUGAAGAAGCUGCCGAUGAUGAAGGAACCAACAAUGAUGUUGACAAGGAUGAAGAUAUUGAGGAACACGACUACAAUGAUCAUCACUUUGAUGAGGAAGACGACCACAAUAAGCAUGAAGACAUUGAAGAGGAGUAUAACCUCGGUGACGAGAAAGACGAGCAUGAUGAAGAGCCAGUUGCCGAUGUCGAUGAGGAACUUCAGAAAAUUGAGGAAGAAAUAGGAGGCGUUGAGGAAGAAGAGGAGCCUGAAGAAAAUCACAGUGACACCAAUCACACUGAGGAAAGAACGGAUGAAUCUGCUCAUGCCAACACUUCCGAAGUCACAAAUCAGGAAAUUGCCGAGCUUGAAAAACAACUCUCUAACCAAAAGAAGAAGAUGAAAUUGCUUUUGAGACAAAUCAAAGAGUUGAAAGCAAACGACAAAACUAAUUUGCUCAAAAAAACGCAAAGAGAGAGAGACUCGCUAUUGGAAAAGCUCAAAUCAAUGCAAAAGGAAAAUGAAGAGCUCAAAGUACAACGUGACAAGGCUCAAGAAGCUCAACAAGAAGUUGAUGGUAAAUUGUUUGAACUUUCCCUCAAACAAAAGCAAAGCCAAAAGAACGAGGCUGAAAUCAAAAAGCUUAAAGAUAGAAUCAAGCAGCUCGAAGAAGAGAAUGAAUCUGGUCGCUCUUCCUCCUCCAAGCAAAAACAAGCCAUUUCAUUCGAGUACGAUGAAAAGAUUCAAAAUUUGGAAGAUGAAAUUUCCACAUUGAGGGAGAAAGCCAGGGAAUAUCAAGAAAGUGUCACUGAAGAUAAGAAGCAAAUCGAAAAGUUGAAGAAGGACAAUGAUCGGAUGCAGGAAGAAUUGAAAGCACAAAAGGUUAAUUAUGAAAGUGAACUCACCUCCCAUGAUACAAGAUAUCAGAAAGAAAUUGAUAAUUUGAAGCAGGAACUUUUGAAGGAGAAAGAAGAGAGAAAAACCGAGACCAACAGUUUGAAACAAGAUGCAGCAAGAUUGAAAGAAGAAAGAAAGAAUUUGGCCGAGCUUGUCACACAACAGGGCAAAGAAAUUACACUAGCAUCGAAACAGCGAGAGCUUCUCUUGUCAUGCCUCACAGAAUUCAAAUCUCUAAAAUCAAAGGUACAAAAUACACUCGUGAAUACAGCCUCUUCUCUUGGAAAUAACGAGGAGAUUGCUUCCGUUCUCAUGCAUUCAGACUCUUUCAGCGAAAUCCUGGAAAUGAUGAAAAAUGGUACUGAAGAAAGCAUUCAAAAAGCAAAACUUCAAUUAGAGAACGAAGUGAAAGAGGAAAUUUCAGCCAUAUCAGACGUACUUGUAAUGAAACUCGCUCAACUCGAGAAUCAAUCUUCCAUUGUUAGAGAACAAAAUGACUCAUUACAAGAGUCUCUUCGUAUCUCAAAACAAGAAAAGGACGAUAAGUUGAAAGAAAUUGCUACUCUCCAAGAAUCACUGAAGGAGAUCACUAAUCAACAGAACGAAUUGCUCCAAUCACUCACUAACGAACGGCAGUUGUAUAAGGAAGAACUUGACUCUUACAUGAAAAAGUUGGCAACGAAGGAGGAAGAAAUUACUCAAAUGCAAUCGGAAAAGAAGCACUUAUUGAGCUCAACUCAAGACGAGAUAAACAAGCUAAAGGAGUCUCUUCUAGCCAUGGAGAAAGAGAGAAAUGCUUUAAAGAUAGAGUCUGAAAAUCUUGGCACAGAGAUGACUUCACUUCAACAGAAUAAGGAGCUUCUUGAACAUACUCUGAACCAACAAAUUGUCAACCUCAAGAAUCAACUCGAUGAAGCAAAGAAACAACAAUCGUCCAACGAGAGCGAAGCAAUCUUAGACUUGACUUCCAAAUUGUCUGAUUCAAGAGAAAAGUUACAGCUUACUGAAAAACAAAAUAUUGAGAAUAUCUUCAAAGUUGAAUCUCAAGAGAAAACCAUUUCAUCUCUUCAGACACGUAUUUCCAGUCUCACCACAGAAUUAGAAGAAAUUCAAAACAAGUAUGACCAAAUUGCCAAAUCUGAACAACAAAAAGACACUUCCAUUAGAGAUUUGGAACAACAACUCUCGAAUCUCAACCAAAAGUAUCAGGAGCAAGAGGAUUUAAGAGUGAAGGCUGAAGACUCGCUGAAAGAGGAGCUCAAUAGCCUCAGAGAUAUGACCACAAAGUUAAAUAGUGUGCAUGACUCAAACUCGGCAUCUAAAACUUCUGAAAGGCAACAUGCGAAGAUUUCUCCACUGGAAUUGAGCAAUGAAGCUCAAAAACUAAAGAAUGUGGAAAUUGACUUGAAUAAGUUAAUUGAGACAUUGAGACAAGAGAGAAUGAACUUGGACGGUCAAAUUACAGAAUUGAAAAGCAAUAAUGAGAUGUUGCAGAGCAAAUUAAACGAGAAGGAACAUUUGCUCAAUGAAAAGUCUGAAGAAAUUGCUCAACUCUCAAAGAACUCUGCCUCAAUGGACGACUUGGUAAAGAAGCAAAAAGUUAAUCUCGAAAAGAAGUUAGCUGAUACUGAAAAUCAGUUGAAAGAGCAUGAGAAGCAAAUUAGUGCACUCAAUCAGUCAUUGGAAGAAAAGAAUGAAGAAGUGAGCACCCUUGAGAAGGAGCUUGAGACAGCAAAGGAAGAGAACAAGUCACACUUGCUCGAAGUUAAGAAAUUAGAGAAGCACAUACAGAUUCUACAAGAUGACAAUGCAGAGAAGGAUAGUAGAAUUGAACAGAUCGAGAAUGACCUUUCAGAAAUGGAGGAAAAGUUGUACAAGGCAGAGAAGUCAUGUUCCGAGCUUGAAGAGGAGUUGGCAACAAAAGAAAAGGAGAUUAAGAGCUUGAAGAAGAACAGCGACAAGACUAAGAACGACGAAGACAAGAUCAGAGAGAAAGAGAGAGUUAUUGAAGAACUAGAAGAAAAAUUACAAGAAUUUGAACAACAAAAGAUUGAAUUAUCUCAGAUUAAGCAGGAAAGAAAGGAAUUGGAGACAGAUAUUGAAAAGUGGAAAGAAGAAAACGACGAGUUGAAUCAAAAGAUUGAAUAUCUGGACGAAAGAAACUCAGAGCUUGAGAGCAAAUUAAAGAAGAGCAAAACCACUAUUGUAGAGUUAGAAGAAGAAGUGGAAGAGCUGAAAUCUCAAUCUUCCAAAUUCAACAAACAAUUAGAGGAAAGUCAAAAGUCAAAGUCAGUGAAUGAUCAAGAUGUGAAGAAGAUCAAAGAACAACUAUCUAACUUGCAAACACAAGAAUGUGAAAGAUUCCUAGUGGAGUCUGCCAUCAUUCACAGUCAAGCAGGUGAUUUCUUGGGCAGUAGCAAAGUACCUUGCCCAGCCAAGAUACUAUUCUUGUCAGCCCUAAGAUUCUCUCCUGAAACACACAAAUAUUUCUGUACAAAUGUUAUCAAAGCAUUGUCCUAUAUUGUACAUAGAUAUGCUAGAGAUGAGGAAAUGAUGAUUUAUUGGGUAAAUUGCAUGUAUAGAAUUCUCAACUUGAUACAAAACAGUGGAAAUGAAAGUCAAGUACAUCACUCGUUGGAGAAUAUGGAACCUGUCAAUGUGAAUGCAGUACUUUCUAGCCAAAACACUGAAACUGCUGUGUACGUUGAACCACCAACAUUCUCCUCCAAUGAAGGUGAUGAGGUACUUGUGUCUGAUAUUCAAGAGUUCACAGAUGCUAUUUGUGAACAACUCUCCAUUGCAUAUCUCAACUUGUGUACUCGAAUUGUUCAACAAUUGAAGGAGAGGCUUUUGAAGGCAGUUUUCAAUCCUAAACAAGCUUCAUCGAAAUCUACUGACGGAGGUCCAGACAUGAGAAUUUGCUGUUCCAUUCUGAACGACGUUUACCAACGCUUUGAACAACAAAAGCUUGAUAAGCGAGUUACCAAUCAUCUCUUUGAAAACUUGGCAUGCUGUUUGGACUCGUUAAUAUUUAACCAAUUUGUGAGAGAUAACACUUCAGCGUCUAAAGGUUUGCAAGUUAAAAUGAGCGUCACAUUCUUGGAAAAUUGGUUUACUUCAAAGGGAAUUGUUCAAACAUUGAGAAAGAACUUUGCUGAUGACGAGGAACUUGAGGAAGAGAAACUACAAGUCUACUUUACACUGUCAAGGCAAGCUGCAGAUAUUUGUGUCAUUGCUCAAACGGUUCUGUUGCAAGAUGAGGACACAAGAAGAAUGGUUUGCCCCGAGUUAACCGUUCAACAAAUUGCUUUUAUUUAUUCAGUGUAUAAGGCAGAUGAGUAUUCGACCUCUUCCUUCUCACAACGUGACAUUGAGGAAAUUAUUGGCAAGAGGAUUCCACACAUUGACGCUGUGUUGUCUGUACCAGUCAUUGAUUUCCAAACCUAUACAGACAUUUCGAGUAAGAGUCCUCAUCACGGAAAUGUUUUCAUGUUUGAUCUGGUUGAUGGUCACGGCAAAUUGAACUCUCUAGAAAUACCUAAGAGAUUUUUCCCUACAAAGUUUGCUGAUCAACUUGGCUUCCUUAAAUAA